GUCCACACCAGCUGAAUUUCAGCUGGUCGGUGCAUUUCGACAUAAAUAUGCGAUACGAUCCCUGGACAGUUGAUGAAAUUUAAUUCUGUUACUUUCGUUUGUGUCCAGUAGGAACCAUUCAUUCAUUCAUUAUACUGCUCCAUUUCUCCAUUCCUUCAUUCAUAUAAUACUUCUUCCCUCCUCCCCCUUUUACCCUUCCUUCAUACAUCCACUCCCUCUAGGAAAUAAAAAUCAUAGUCGCCCAAACCGCUAAAAAAAAUGAAAAUCCAACCCCUCCUCCCCCUAACAGCCCUCCUCCUCACUCCCACCCUAGCAUCCGGCAUAAACGACUUCUCCUGCAAACUCACCCCUUCCCACCCAAACCCAGUAGUCCUCCUGCACGGGCUCGGCGCCACCUUCUACGAAGACCUCAACUUCCUGCAAUACUGGCUCCAAGCCCAAGGCUACUGCACCUACGCGCAAACCUACGGCGCCUACGACGGCUUCCCCUGGCUCGGCGGCCUCCGUCCGAUCAGCGACUCCUCCGCCGAAAUCGCCGACUACAUCCGCACCGUGGCCGCACAGACCGGCGCCAAGAAGAUCGACCUGGUCGGCCACUCCGAGGGCGCGUUCCAAUCGCUCUAUGUUCCCAAAUUCCAGGGCGUCGCGGAUCUCCUGGACAAGGUGGUUGCCAUUGCGCCCCCGACCAGGGGGACGAAUUUCGGGGGCCUGUAUAAUCUGGCGUACCUGUUUGGCAAUGCGUCGAGGGAGGCUGUGGGGGAGGUGUUGAGGGCGGUUGGGUGCGCCGCGUGCGAUGAGCUGGGGCCCGGUGGGGCGGCGGUGGAACGGCUGCAUGAUGGGCAGCCGAUUGUGCAAGAGGGCAAUAAGCUGACGGUUAUUGUGUCGCGGGGCGACGAGAUGGUUACACCGCAUGAGACGUCGUGGGUGCGGGAGGAGGGCGUCCAUAAUACCUACGUGCAGGACUUUUGUCCCCUCGACCCGGUUGGGCAUAUUGGGGAGGCGUACGAUUUGAAUGUGUGGAAUUUGGUUAAGAAUGCGCUUGAUGGGACGCCGGAGAGGAAGUUCUUUUGUGUGAUUGGGUCGCCUGGGAAGGUCUGAGUUUUAGAGAGAUGGAACGGGGAGAGGGGACCGGAAUUGUAUAGUUGUAUAGUAUAGAGUACUAAUCACGAGGGUAUAAUCCCAUA